AUGUCGCUCACAUCAUUCUCCAUCAUCCUCCACCACCGCUUGGUGGCCACCGCCACCCCUCAACUCCUCCGGCGCUUUAGUUUCAUCCCAAUUUCCGCCAGACAACAAAACCGUAAGCCCCAAGCCCCAAGCAAGAAUCUCCUAAAAGCAAAACACGCAUUGAAAAAUUUCUCAUCUCUCGCUCCCAACCUCUCCCUCGAAGACAACCCUCCUCUCUCAGAAUCCCAAGCCGUCGGCGUCGUCGCUUCCUCCCAGGCCAAUUUCAUGCGCGUAGUUGUCCAGUCAGUCCCCGAUGAAUCUUCCGGAGGGGUAGAACUGCUGUGCGUUGUGAGGGCGCUGCUGAAGAAGAUAAAGCGUAGGGUUAUGGUUGGGGAUAAGGUUAUAGUAGGUUCUGUUGAUUGGGUGGAUCGGAGAGGAAUGAUUGAAAACGUGUUUCAGCGAAAUUCUGAAAUGCUUGACCCUCCCGUGGCUAACGUGGACCAUUUACUGGUUCUCUUCUCGCUUGAUCAACCAAAGCUUGAGACGUUUACGCUUACAAGGUUUUUGGUUGAAGCUGAGUCCACUGGGGUUCCUCUCACUCUAGCUCUUAACAAGACUGAGCUUGUGGAUAAAGAGACCUUGGAUUCCUGGAAGGCUAGGUUUCAUGACUGGGGAUACCAGCCAGUCUUUUGCAGUGUUAAAUCUGGACAAAACCUUGAUCUUCUUGCAUUCCAAUUGAGAGAUCAAACAACAGUGGUUGUGGGUCCUAGUGGAGUUGGGAAGUCUAGUUUGAUCAAUGCUCUUAGAAGCAACCAUCGUACUUGUGAUACUGCAGAUGGGGAGAAUUGGUUUGAACCUGUUUUAGGUAGCAGGUGGUUAGAGGAACAGCGAGUUGCGGAGGUUUCAACAAGAAGUGGCAGGGGGAAGCAUACUACUCGUCAUGUCUCUCUGCUUCCAUUAACUGGAGGGGGUUAUCUUGCUGACACUCCCGGGUUUAACCAGCCUAGUUUAUUGAAAGUGACAAAGCAAUCUCUUGCUCAAACUUUUCCUGAAAUCAGGAAAAUGCUUGGUGAAAAUGAGCCUGCAAAAUGUUCGUUUAACAAUUGCUUGCAUCUUGGUGAACCUGGCUGUGUUGUGAAGGGGGAUUGGGAAAGAUAUUCAUUCUAUUUUCAACUUCUUGAUGAGAUUAGAAUCAGAGAGGAGUUCCAGCUGAGAACAUUUGGAACUAAAAGAGAAAGUGAUGUAAGGUUAAAAAUAGGAAAUAUGGGUUCUCAGCAAGCAGAACCUCGCCUGGAACUUAAGAAGCAUAGAAGACAGUCUCGAAAAAAGACUAACCAAUCAAUUUUAGAUGAACUGCAUGAUGAUGAUGACGAAGACGAAGACAAUUUGCUUGACGAGGAGAACGAUCCCUUUUUAAAUGCUUUAAGGAAUGAAAAUCCUUAA